CUCACGGAACUAUUUAAUGCUUGGUUCUUUGGUUCAUAUUUAUGAGUAGGAUUUCGCUAUUGAAAAGACGUUAAAAAUAUCAAUUAAUUAAUAUUUACAAUCUAAAAUUUGUCUUAGAGGACGUUAAAAAUAUCACUCCAUUAAUAUUUACAAUAUAAAUUUGUCUGUAGGCUACGUUCUACUCUCCCUCCCUGCUAAAGAGAAACUUUCUUUGGGUUUGUACUACGAGAGUUUAAAAAACUUUCCGGAUCAUCAGAACUACUUGUAUGUCAUUUCUCUUUCAGAAGGAAAACACCUGACAACACAACUUGACCAUGUCGGACUCUGUGGAUGCCAGACAAGUGAAUGCCGAAGAGGGUUUAUAUGUCACAGAUGCUGGAGUCGAUCAGACGGAUGCCAAACCACAUUCAGAUGUUUUUCAAUACAAUAUGAACUAUCCCAGUCUGGGACAAUGUAUCGUUAUCAACAACAAGAAUUUCCAGAGAAAUACAGGAUUGGGAGUUCGUAAUGGGACAGACGAGGAUGCAAAGAAUGUGUUUCAGACCUUCUCAAAUCUGGGCUUCAAAAUAAAAAUUUACAAUGAUCAGACUGUCUCACAAAUGAGAAAUGUGUUAACUAAAGUGUCUAAAGAAGAUCACAGUAAAUCAGCCAUGUUUGCGUGUGUGUUGCUGAGUCAUGGAGAAGAUGAAAGGAUAUUUGGCACAGAUGACUGUAUUGAGCUGAAGGAACUGUUUGCACUCUUCAGAGGAGACCGCUGCAGAUCACUGGUGGGGAAACCCAAGCUUUUCUUCAUUCAGGCUUGCAGAGGCACAGGUCUGGAUGAUGGCAUCGAGUGCGACAGUGUAGGUGAAGAGGGAGCACAAAGGAUUCCUGUAGAGGCAGACUUUUUGUAUGUCUACUCCACUGUACCAGGUUAUUACUCUUGGAGGAACAAUGCUAAUGGUUCCUGGUUCAUCUCCUCACUGUGUGAGAUGCUGUUAAAAUACGGCAAGCAGCUGGAGAUCAUGCAGAUCAUGACACGUGUCAACCACAAGGUGGCGCUGGACUUUAAAUCCUCCUGCAAUGAUCCAAAGAUGACAAACAAGAAACAGAUCCCGUGUAUUGUGUCUAUGCUGACCAAAGAAGUCUGUUUCCUUAAAUAAUUCAUGUGUAUUUUACUGAUUAUGUUGCAGUGGGAUACAAACACUUUUAAAUCAUUAUUUUAAUAAUUAUUAUGUAGCCGUUUAAAGCACUGCACUGCAGUCAAAACAGGAAGGGAUAUAAAGGGAAUUUUAAGGGAAAUACUGGAUUUUAAUACACUAUUAUUUGAUCAUGGGUAUUUGAAAUGAUAUAUAUUUUCUUAAUCCUGGUGUGUGAAAUGUUACAGUGCUGGGUUUGACACAGACAGCUCUUGAGGUUCUCCAUGAUUUUUAUGGCUGUCACUCAUCAUUUGUGCAUUGCUUGGU